AUGGGAUUCUUCGAGAAACGACACAAUGCCGUCGAGCAAUCGCCCAGUCCGAUUCUCGAGUUGGUCUCCGCGUGUUUCAAUGGGCUGUUCAAGAUACGGAUCUACGAGCCGCUGAACCUUGUCUCCACCAAUCGCCUCCUUGAACACAAAUGGGAGAAAUUCAGUUUGUGUGGAGGAAAAGUGAAAGAGGCCGAAUUGCAAUGUCUAAUGAACAUUGCCGGACCGGAAGCCAGUUUUGAAGUCAUCCGAUGCAAGAUUCCAGAGAAAUUCCGGCACGAGAAGGCCUUCUCCUUCAAAUCAAUCAUCUAUGAUGAUGCCCAUUGGAUCCAAAUCGAGGAUCUCUUCAAUCUCCAAAACGCCGAUGUCGUCAAAAUUGGCGACAACAACGACUUCACAAACUCGGAAUACAACAUGCUAAUUGAGCAUUGGAUCUCCCAUGAGGAGGACAUGUUCAAGAAGUUGGAGAUUGGAAGAAAGAGGACUGGAGCGUUGCACAUCGACUGGGUCCUCGAGGACGUCGUCUUUUUAGAGGUGGAUGGAGGAAUCGGAAUGGGAGAAGAUGAGGAAACGAUGUAUUGCUUCCUCGCCAAAAACACCACCAACCGCACUCAAACGGUCGCCUGUGUCUACUGGAAGAACAACACCUUCCACAUGCAAACGUUCACACCACAAGAAUUCGGCAGAGAGGAAGAAUACAGUAUUCUCAAGUAUCUCAACGAGCAGGAGAAUCUGAAUCUCAUCUCCGAGCUCAAGCAAAUCAAACAGCAUCAGGCGGAGUUCAUGACUACUGAUAGUGAGGAGCUCGUCGAGAUUUUCGACAAAAAAUGUCAAAUCGUGCAGAAGAUCGACGAGUUGCAGGACAAUGGAAUUCCAGAAAACUCAUUUUAA